UGAAAAGAACACUUGCAGUUUUCAUUCGUUUUAUUCUUCAGAAAUUUGUUCUGAAUCAGAGAGUUUUUGUGCUAUUGAUUCAUUGCCAUUCACUUUAUCUGCAAUUAUUUUAACCGAGUCGGGUUUAUUUUAUGGAAAACAAACAAAUUCAUUUAACAUUUGUCAAAAUCAUAUAAAAAGCAUCCGAGAGAAGAAUCGUCUGCGAAUGAAAGUGAAAUGUUGUGGAAUUCCCCAGUUUAUUGCCUCACACACGAUAAAAAAUCAAAAGCGGUCAGGAAAGCAGAGGGCCGACAGACAUCUAACAAUCCAACAAGUGGAGGAUGUACGAGGAAACUAUGGAAUAGUCCUCCCCAUUGGAACAAUCUGUAUGCACAUCCUGUCGUGCAAAAUUAUUUAAACAUGAAGAUGACCACCAAGAUUGCAAUGAUGAAGUACCAGCUGAUGAUCAGAGUAGUGGCCGGUUCUUUCUAAGACCUAGAGUUGAAGUCCACUACAAUGAAAAUGAAAAUAUUGCAUCAAGUCAGGAGACACAACCAAGUCAAGAAAGUCAAGCUUCGGAAGCAUCAGUGUCCGGUGUGGAUCGCCUAUCAAAGCUGAAUGAGUUCCUUUCUAUAUGCAAUGCAAGUCCUAUCAAAAAAAUCAGAGAACCAUUUGAAACUUCAAGUGAAAGGACAAAGAGAAGAUAUGCAGCAAAAGCCACUGAAUGUUUAACACUUCUUUUAGAAACAAUCUGUCCUGGAGAAAGUGAUGACUUGAAAGAUGCAAUGUUCUUAAAAUGUGAAAGUUCCUACACCGACUUUGAUGCACCUGAGUGUAUUAAAGCUUUGGUUGACAGCUUUUUAAAAGCUGAAACACCAACAGUCCGUCUGCAGAUUUUGUCUAUUCUUGCCAAUCAUUAUAGUUUCAAAGAUAUAAAUGCCAAAAUUCCAUCUGUGACACAGCACAAGUUUUAUACAGCUAGGAAGCAUGCCAAGGACUUUGGUGUGGGAGCUCAAGUUCCAGUGGAGAAACGAUCGAGAGAGAAAGUUGAAACUGCAAAACUUGAACACUUCCUUGACUUUAUAACGUCAAAUCAAGUGAUUAAGGACUUACCACUUGGAGAAAAGACCCUUACCUUAUCAACUGGUGAAAUAAUUCAAACGCCAUACGUUAUUAGAUGCCUUGCACCUGCAACCAUAGUGAGACAGUAUUCCCAGCUGUGCAUUGAGGAAAACUUUGAACCGAUUGGACAAAGCACCAUGUACAUGAUUUUGGCCGAGUGUAGUGCUGCAAUGCGUAGAUCUGUGGAGGGUGUGGAUUACUAUGUCGCAGAAGCUAGUGAAGCAUUUCGAGCAUUAGAGGACAUGGUGCGUGAAAUGCAGAUUCCAGCGUAUGAACAGAAAGAAAUUGUAGAAAGACUGAUGCAAGCCAAGCAUUAUCUGAAGACAGAUUUCAAAAUGCAUGUGAGGCCAUCUUCAAAUGUGGCAGAUCACUGCCUUUCUCAUGCUUUAAGUGAAGCUGACAGUCUCUACUUUGAAGAGGAGUGUUCUCAUCACCAUUCGGACAGCUGCGUUCAUUGUUACCAGCUCGACAAUAUUUUGUCAUCAAUUUUGGACAUGGUGAAAGAUGCAUCCUGGGACAAUCCUGAUGCAUACCUAUUCAAGGUGGAGAAGUCUGUGUCUGCCAUUAAGGAACUAAAGGCACAUGUUCUACGUUCCAAAAACCAAGGCAGAGCUAGAACGAAUGUGACAGAAAACCUUGGGGAUGGAGAUCUAUUCCUUGUAGCUGACUGGGCCAUGAAGUUUCUGCCUCGAAAAUUUAGAGAAGGACAGACAGAUUGGUUCGGAAAGCGAGGAAUAAACUGGCACAUUGCAGUUUGUGCCACAAAGAAUAAUGACAGUUAUGUGCUGGACACAUAUCUUCAUAUUCUGGAUUCCCAGUGUCCUCAGGACUCUAGGCUCACUACAGCUUUAAUAAUUGAUGUGGUCAAGGAUAUGGCAAAUCGAAGAGAAGUUCAUAACGUUCACAUCUGGUCUGACAAUGCAGGAUGCUAUAAAAGCUCUUAUACCCUCUAUGCCUUACAUCAAGAACUCAAACCCAUCAUCAAGUCAUACAACUUUUGUGAAGCGCAAGAUGGAAAGGGUCCAUGUGACCGAAAAGCAUCGCAUAUUAAAUCUGCCAUUAAAAGAUAUGUCAAUGAAGGAAAUGAUGUCCUGGAUGCUUCUCAAAUGAAAAAGGCUAUUGACACACAGCAACAUGGUCAAUACAGGGUCAAAGUUGUCACUCCAAUUAUAGAUGUCAACGAAGACAAAUGUGCUAUAAAGGCCAUUCCAAACCUUUCCCUAUUGAACAACUUUGAGUUCAGUCCUGAUGGUUUAAGAGUAUGGAAGGCUUACAAUAUUGGUUCAGGGAAGUUAUAUCCAUGGAUCAAUGCCGAAGUUCCUGUUACCCAGUUGAAUAUCAAUCAAACCUGGCCCAUAGAUGUUCAUUCUGCUCUUCUUCCACUAGAUGAUGAUGAAAGUCCUGAACACAACCAAUCAUCGGAGCCAGUUCCCAAGAAACAGAAAACAUCUGACAAUGUUUUUCACUGUGCCAAUGAAGAGUGUGAUAGAAAUUUCAAAACUCUAUCAUCCCUUGAACACCAUCAGCUCCUGGGUAAUUGCAGUCUCAGACCAGAGAAGAAUCUUCUUGACAGAUCCAAGGUUUUGUAUCAAGAAAAAUUGUCUACUGUCAAUACAACUUGUUCUACAUUCUAUGAAGAUCAUUCCCAGUCAUCUACUGCCAUGAAUGAAAAGUCUGUAAAACAGAUCGGAUGGGCUCUUAAAAUAAAAAAACAAAAAGUCUUCUUUAACGAUGACCAGAAAGAUUUCCUUAAUGAAAAAUUCAACAUUGGUAAACUUACGGGUAAAAAAGAGGACCCUGCUAAAGUCUCCAGAGACAUGCCCUAUGUGAAAAAAGACGGCAAGCAUCGAUUUGGUAAGGAGGAGUACCUAACCCCAACGCAAGUGGCAAGUUUUUUUUCAAGACUUUCUCAGAAAGAUAGAAAAUGUGAAGAUGGCGAUUUCCUGGCGGCGUCUUCUGACAAGAAGAUGUGUAUUUUAAAAGCGGAAGUUCUUUCACGUUUAUAACAUUACUAGUCCACUUAACUGAAUGGUAUACAGUAAAACACAGUUUUAACAAAGUCUUAUAGGGUAAUUCAUUAUAUCCUUCAAAUUUACAACUUGUGAUUAAGUCAGGGAGAAUGAAAUUCAAUUCGGUGUAACUGUAUGGUAUAUUUACUUCUUUAUAAAGAUGGAUUAAUUCAUAGAAUUAGAGUCUAAGGUCCAUAUUCAACAUCAGUCUCUCCAUGUUUUAUAAAACCUGUGAACAUGAUUUAUAUUGAACACUAACAUCUUUUCUUAGUUAAACUUUCUGAGAAUUGAUUAAUCAGUAGAUGUCAUUUUUAUUGUAAACUACUGUUAGAAGCUGAUAGAUUUGUAGACCCUCUGUAUUUAAAGUGUUUUCUGUUUAUCAUUUAAGGAAAUUGAGUCAAUAACAACAUUAUAAGUUUAAUUUUACUGAUUACUGUGUUGAUCCAAAUCAUCGUGCAUUGUAUAAUAUUCACUUAUCAUGAACCUUGAUUCAUUUCAAUGUCGUCAUUCAUGUUCUGAAAAUUGUUAAAAUUGUAUGACAUUGAGGUUAAAUCUAUAAAUGUAAAACGAUUGAAGUAUACAUGGAGAGAAUUGUUACUGAUAACACAUCUGUUAUAUGUAUUUUUGUUGUUGUUGUUGGUGGGUUUUUUUGUGUUUUUAACAAAUUCUAGUCAUGACAAAUGUAUGUUUAUUAUCACUUAGUUGAUUGAUUAUUGUUAUUUUAUUUAUUUGAUCAAUGCAUUUGCAUAAAUAUUUUAAAAAUUAGAUGAUUUUAUGCCUCUGCUGUCAUCUUUUUAAAAGGUGUGUUCCAAUUGUAAGUCUGUAGUUAAGGAAGAAAUGAUCACUUAUUUUUUGGCAAAGUGCCAAAACAUACAAUUUCUAUGUCAUAAUAUUUUUUUUCUCGAAUGUUUCUCCAUAAAUGUUUUCAUUUAUAUUAAAGGUUCUAUGUUUGACAAUUUAUUGUUAAUAAUUAGAUUUCUUUUAUCCAUUUUCCAAACAAUGCAAAAUUAACUCUGAAAAACAGGAAAAAGAUGAGUUUUGGCAAAGUGCCAAAACAUACAAUUUCUAUGUCAUAAUAUUUUUUUUCUCGAAUGUUUUUCCAUAAAUGUUUUCAUUUAUAUUAAAGGUUUUAUGUUUGACAAUU